AUGGGGGACCUUUAUUUAACUGAACAAGGAACGUGUGAUGGGGAGGAACGCGUGAACUGCCUGAAAACAGAGGCUGCAUUCGGCUGUGAUGAGCAGGCUCCCAAGACUUCUGAAGGGUGGGUAACCGCAGCUGGACAGAGACUCCUCACCACCUUCCUGCAGAAUUAUGAACCUGGCUACAGCUCAGCCCGCCUCUACCUCCUUCUCUCCAGUCUCACCAACAGCCCUGCCACUAUUACCAUCCUAAGCCAGGUGACCAAGACCUCAAAGACUGUUGUUGUGAGUACAGGAUAGACAGUCACAGUCAAUGUCAGCAGUGCAGCUGAAAUGACCAAUAAUGCACCUUUCCAUCAAGCUGUCGUAAUCAGCUCAGACCACGCCAUCACAGCACAAGUGGUCAGUGCGAAGCCAAACACAGCUGAACUGACAAUGGUCUGCCCUGUAGAAAUGCUGGGCACUGAGUACUUGGUGCUCACCCCUCCAGAGACCUCAGUUUACAGUGUCAGCUAGGAGUUUGCAGUUCUGGCUGGUGCUUCUGUCAGCAUCAAGCUGAAGGGCAUGGCCACUUUCCAGGGCCGGUUCCAUCCAGCAGGUAGCGCUCUGGCUGUGGAGCUGGGGCCCUACGAUGUAGCCCAGGUGUAGAGUGACCUCAGUGGUUCUCGGGUUGUGGCCAAUACCCCCAUGGCCAUGCUCUCUGGCCAUCGCUGUGCCCAGAACCACAUGUCCUACAAUCAUGUGGUCGAGUGGCUGCUGCCUCAGACUCACUGGAGAGCCUCUCAUGCAGUCCCUGCCAUGUCGUCCUGGGCUCACUAUGAUGUGGCCUAUGUAGUGGCUGGUGAGACCGCACAGUUGACUUUCAACCACGGGGGCACCACUGGCUCUCAGGGGCUCCAGGAUGGUGAUGUGGUUGAAUUUGAUCUCUAUCCAUCCUACCUACUCUGCAACUCAGCCAAUGCCGGCAUCCAGGUCCAUUUCUUCGGUACAGGGGCCAAGCGAGGGUCAGUGACCUACAAUCCCUUCCUGGCUGUGAUCCAUUCAUCCUAUGUGAUUAAGGCAUCUGGGACUGAGGGCAUUGCCCUACUGGUAGCAAAGACAGCUGUUGUCAGAGACGUCACUAUAGAUGGUCGGACUCUGAGAUCAAAGAUCACUUGGGCAUCUGUGCCCCGCAGUGAGUUCUCCUAUGCAGAGGUCAGUUUUGGGCAGACAAAUGGCAGGACACACAGUGCUGAGGCUGGAACUGCCUUUGGACUGCUGACUCUUGGGCUGGCUCCUUCUGUGGGGUUUGGGACAGCAGCUACACAUGGCCAGGUCCCCGUGACCACAACGGAGGCCUCUUGCUCCGGGGUCAAGUGUGGGUCCCAAGAGCGCUGUCAGAUGGUGAAUGGGAAAGCAGUGUGCUCAGCUGCCUCAACAGCCACGUGUCGGGCCGAGGGGGACCCACACUACACAACUUUUGAUGGCCGUCACUAUGACUUCAUGGGGACGUGCUCGUACACCAUAUCUGAGCUGUGUGGCUUUGAUGACACCCUGCCUUCCUUCAGUGUGGAGGCCAAGAACGAGCAUCGUAACAGCCGGAAGGUGUCCUAUGUGGGCCUGGUGACCGUCAGUGCCUACAGCCAGGUGGUCGCCUUGGUUCGAGGGGAACAGGGCUUUGCCCGGGUCAACAACCAGAAGUCUCUGCUGCCAGUGUCCCUGAAUGAUGGGAAGCUGCGGGUGUUCCAGAGUGGGUCCAAAGGUGUGAUAGAGAUGGAUUUUGGUCUCCGCGUCACCUACAACUGGAACGCCCAGCUGACUGUGACCCUGCCAUCCCGCUUCCAGAAUGAGGUCUGUGGUCUCUGCGGGAACUACAACGGGGAUCCCUUGGAUGACUUCCUCACCCCAGAUGAGAGUCAGGCGGCCAACGCAGUAGAGUUGGGCGAGAGCUGGAAGCUGGAUGAUGGUGACCAGUUCUGCUCCGAGGACUGCCAAGGAGGCUGCCCUAGCUGCACCCCCGACCAGACCCAGAACUACAAGGGUGACCAGGUCUGCGGGAUGCUGAACCUGGCAGAAGGCCCCUUUGCCCUCUGUCAUGAUAUCCUGGACCCAGAGUCCUUCUUAAACGACUGUGUUUAUGACCAGUGUGCUACUGGUGGUGACCGGCCCAGCCUCUGCCAGGCCCUGGAUUCCUAUGCCACAGCCUGUCGGGAGCAGGGGGUCUCCAUUGGGGACUGGAGGACUCCUGCUGGCUGCCCAAUGACCUGCCCUGCCAACAGCCUCUACUCAGCCUGCAGCAAUGCCUGUCCAACGACCUGUUUCGAAGCUUCAGCCCCCUCGGAUUGCGAUUCCCGGCCAUGCGUGGAGGGUUGUGUGUGCAAUCAGGGUUUUGUGCUGAGCGGGGAUGCCUGUGUGCCCACCUCGGAUUGCGGCUGUCAGUACCAGGGUCUCGUGCUGGCCCCCGGGGGCAAGGUCUGGGGAGACAACUUGUGCAAGCAGCUGUGCGUGUGCAAUGGGAACACCCAGCAGGUGCAGUGCCAGGACACAGGGGGCUGUCCUACUGGGGAGCGCUGCCAGGUCCAGAAUGGGCUCCGAGGGUGUUACCCAGAAAGCUAUGGGACGUGCCAGGCCUCGGGGGACCCCCACUACACCAGCUUUGACGGGCGGCACUUUGACUUCAUGGGCACCUGUGUCUACCUGCUGGCGGGGUCUUGCGGCCAGGAUGCGGCACUGCCCGACUUCAAGGUCCUGGUGGAGAAUGAGCACAGAGGCAGCCAGGUGGUGUCCUACACCAGGGCUGCGCGCGUACAAGCCCGAGGGGUGGAGGUCGCUGUCCGAAGGGAGUAUCCUGGCAGGGUCCUGGUGGAUGGGGUGCUACAGUACCUGCCUCACCAAGCAGCUGAGGGCCAAGUUCAGGUUUUCCAGAGUGGCUCUAAUGCCGUGAUCAGAACUGACUUUGGCCUGACAGUCUCCUAUGAUUGGAAUGCCCUGGCAAAAGUCCAGGUUCCAAUCAGCUACGCCAGCGCUCUCUGCGGCCUCUGCGGGAAUUUCAACAAUGACCCCAAGGAUGACUUCACCCUGCAGAAUGGGAGCCUCGCUGCUAAUGCCUUGGACUUCGGGCAGAGCUGGCAGGAGGAGACGCUCCCUGGGUGUGGGGCUGUUACUCCAGGAGAAUGCCCGCAGCUGGAUGAUCUGCUGGCCCAGCAGUCAGAGAGCAAGAAGGAGUGUGGGCUCCUGAAGGACCCAGAGGGGCCCUUCCGGGACUGCCAGGCCAAAGUAGACCCUGAGGACUUCUUCCAGGACUGUGUGUAUGACAGGUGUCUGCUGCCUGGUCAGUCCGAUGUGGGCUGUGAUAACCUGGCUGCCUACGUAGCUGCCUGCCAUGCCGCUGGGGCCACUGUCCACUCCUGGAGGAGUGACCAAUUCUGCCCUCUGACCUGCCCUGCACACAGUCACUAUGAAGAAUGCUCCCGAGGCUGCCCAGCAUCCUGUAAUGACGUCUCUGUCCCUGGGGGUUGUGGCUCCGAGUGCCAGGAGGGCUGCGUGUGUGAUGACGGGUUUGCUCUCAGCGGUGAAGACUGCAUCCCCCUUGCCGAGUGUGGCUGUCUGUUUCAGGGUUCAUACUAUAUAGUGGGCCAGUUCUUCUACCCUGGCCCUGACUGUGACUACCUCUGCCAAUGUGGGGAGGCGGGCAUUGUCACCUGCACUCCCUCCACCUGUGGGACCCAUGAAGACUGCCAGGUGGCCAAUGGUGUCUUGGGCUGUGUGGUUGUGGGCUCAGCCACCUGCUCAGCCUCUGGGGACCCCCACUACACCACCUUCGAUGGGAAGAAAUUCGACUACAUGGGUACCUGUGUCUACACCCUGGUCCAUACCUGUGGUUCUGAGACUGACUUAGAGGACUUUGAAGUCCUGGUGGAGAACGUGGCCUGGGGCGAUGGCACUGUCAGUGUCACUCGGGCAGUGACUGUCAUUGUGGCUGGUGUCACCUUGGUGCUGGAGCAAAAUCAAUGGCAGGUCAAGGUAGAUGGAGUGGCGCUGAACUUCCCUGUGGUCCUGCUUGAUGGCCGUGUCCGAGCCUACCAGAACGGAAUGGACGCUGUGAUUGAGACCGACUUUGGUCUGAGAGUGGCCUAUGACCUCGCCUACUACGUCCAGGUCACUGUCCCUAGCAGCUACCACAGCAAGCUCUGUGGCCUGUGUGGGAACUACAAUGGGAACCCGGAGGAUGACUUCCAGAAGCCUGAUGGCGAGCUGGCCACUAACCCUGGAGCCUUCGGAGACUCCUGGGAGGUAGCUGUCCCUGGCUCCCCCUGCCUCCCUGUCUGUAACCCCGACUGCACUGAAAAUGUCGAGUGCAAGCCUGAGCUGGCUGAAACCUAUGAGCAGGAGCGGUACUGCGGUUUCAUCACCAGCACCGAGGGGCCCCUGGCUGCCUGCCGCACCCUGGUCAGCCCCAGCGGAUACUUCGAAGAUUGUGUCUUUGACCUCUGCCUGGGCGGGGGCGGUGAGGACAUCCUAUGUAACCACAUUCAUGCCUAUGUGUCAGCCUGUCAAGCUGCCGGUGGCACUGUCCAGUCUUGGAGGAGUGACAAGUUCUGUCCUUUGGAGUGCCCUCCCAACAGUCACUAUGAGCUGUGUGCAGACACCUGCUCCCUGGGCUGUGCGGCCCUGAGCGCACCCCUCAACUGUCCCAGCACCUGCUCAGAAGGCUGCCAGUGUGAUGUGGGCUUUGUCUCAGAUGGCCAGGCUUGCAUACCUGUCCAGGACUGCGGCUGCUACGUGGAUGGCAGAUACUAUGAGCCCAACCAGUCUGUGCUGCUCCACAACUGUACCCAGCAGUGCAUGUGCCAUCCCGGGCAAGAUCUACUCUGCCAGCACCAUGAGUGUGCUACUGGCCAGGAGUGUGAGCCCUCAGGAGGCCUCCUGAGCUGUGUGACCAAAGAUCCAUGCCAGGGUGUGACCUGCCUGGAACAGGAGACAUGCCAAGUUCAGAACGGCCAGGCGGUCUGCGUCCCCAACUACCAGGGCACCUGCUGGCUGUGGGGUGACCCCCACUAUCACUCUUUUGAUGGCCAAGAAUUUGACUUCAUGGGCACCUGCUCCUAUGUCCUGGUAGUCCUGUGCGGGGGGUCCUCUAGCCUCCCCAACUUUACAAUCACCACCAAGAAUGAACACAGAGGAAACCCUUCAGUUUCAUACGUGCGCCAGGUCACUGUCUCUGUCUAUGACACCGACAUCUCUAUCCACAGAGACGAGAUUGGCCAAGUUCGGGUGAAUGGUGUGUUGACCACUCUUCCAGUGAGUAUAGCUGGAGGGCGCCUCUACGUGUCCCAAGGCCCAGGCAUAGCUGUGCUGGACACCGACUUUGGCCUCCGCGUCACCUAUGACUGGGACUGGAGAGUGGAGGUGAUCCUGCCCAGCAGCUACCACGGGGCCGUGUGCGGGCUGUGCGGAAACUUUGACAGUAACCCUGCCAACGACAUGGCCUUUCCCAAUGGGACCCUGGCACCCUCCAUUUCCAGCUGGGGCGGCAGCUGGCGGGUUCCCGAGUGGGACCCUUUCUGCUGGGAUGAGUGCCAAGGGGACUGCCCGACCUGUGAGGAGGAUCAGCAGGAGCUGUACCAAGGUCCUGACUUCUGUGGGCCCCUGGCCCCUGGAGCUGAAGGCCCCUUGUCUGCCUGCCAUGCCCACAUCAAGCCCGAUAACUUCUUCACUGGCUGUGUCCUGGACGUCUGCCUUGGGGGCGGCUCUCGGGACAUCCUCUGCCAAGCCCUGGCCUCUUACGCGGCCGCAUGCCAGGCUGCUGGCAUCACCAUUGGAGACUGGAGGACCCAAGCCGAAUGCCCUUACCCUUGUGGGGCAAAUAGCCACUAUGAGCUGUGUGGUACAGCCUGUCCACCCAGCUGCCCAGGUCCAAAUCCCACCCCACCAUGCUCUGGAAACUGCUCUGAGGGCUGCCAGUGUGAUGACGGCUUCAUCCUGAGUGGCAGUGCCUGCGUGGCCCUCGAGGGCGGCUGCGGGUGCUGGGCGAAUGGUACCUACCACGAGGCCGGGGCUGAGUUCUGGGCCGACACCAGCUGCUCAUCUCUGUGCCGCUGCGACCCUGACCAAAACCAGCUGCUCUGCUCCCCGGCAAGCUGCGGGACAGGCGAGGAGUGCGCCAUCCUGUCCACAGGCCUCCUCGGCUGCCGCCCCCUCAGCAGCGUUGUAUGCCAGGCUUCUGGUGACCCCCAUUAUACGACCCUAGAUGGCAGGUUCUUUGAUUUCCAGGGCUCCUGCGAGUAUCUCCUGAGUGGGACUUGCGCUGACCCCAAGCCCGGAAUAGAGACCUUCUUUGUCACUGUGGCCAACUCCCACCGUGGGAACCAGGCUGUCACAUACACCCAGGACGUCACACUGCAUGUGUAUGGCCAUACCUUUGCCCUCAGCAGCUCCUUCCCCCGCAAGCUGAAGGUGGAUGAUGAGCUGGUGUCCCUGCCCUUCCAGCUGGACACAGGCCUCCAGGCAUACCUCAGCGGCUCAGACGUGGUGAUAGAAACUGCCUUUGGCCUGAAACUGAUCUUCGAUGGGGAUAGCUUGGUCCGGCUGCAGGUCCCCUCUCAGUACGCCGGCGCUCUGUGUGGGCUCUGUGGGGACUACGAUGGGGACCCUGAAAAUGACCUCACUCCCAAGGGUGGCGAGCCAGGCGAUGACCCCGUGGCCUUUGGCAACAGCUGGAAAGUGGGAGGCGAUGAGGACUGUGGUGUUUGCUCUCCCAGCGACUGCCCAGACACCUGCAGUGAGGAGGACCAGGCUCAGUUUGGAGGCCCCGAGGCGUGUGGGCUGAUUUCAGCUACUGAUGGACCCCUUGCGUCUUGCCAUGACCUUGUGGAUCCCACCCCCUAUUUCAAAGACUGCUUGCUGGACACCUGUCAGGCCCAGGGCCAUCCCAGCGGCCUCUGUCCUGCCUUGGCCACCUAUGUGGCCGCCUGCCAGGCUGCUGGUGCCCAGCUGGAUGAGUGGAGGCGGUCAGACUUCUGCCCCUUCUCCUGCCCUGCUGACAGUCACUAUGAGCUCUGUGGCGACUCGUGCCCCAUAAGCUGCCCGGAACUGUCCGCCCCUCAAGGCUGCGUCUCGGCUUGUCGUGAGGGCUGUGUGUGCGAUGCCGGCUUCGUCCUCAGCGGGGACACCUGCGUGCCUCUAGGCCAGUGUGGCUGCCUCCGCGAAGGUCGCUAUUACCUCCUGGGGGAGACCUUCUUCCCAGGGGAUGACUGUGAGCUGCGCUGUGAGUGUGGCACCGGUGGCGUGGUCACCUGCUAUGAGGGGUCUCCCUGCGGGCCUUAUGAGGAGUGCCGCCUGGAGGCUGGUGUCCAGGCCUGCUACCCGACGGGCUGUGGGCGCUGCCUGCUGUCCAGCAGCAUUCACUACGUGACCUUUGACGGCCGGGUCUUUGAUUUCUACGGCUCCUGCUCCUAUGUGCUCACCAAAGUGUGCCAGCCCCUGCCUGGCUACGAGAACUUUACCAUCAUCCUGGAGAAGGACGCCAGCGGAAACCUAGAGCGCCUGCUGGUGAUCGUGGGUGACCAGACUGUGAGCCUGGGCCGAGGCCUGAAGAUCACUGUGGAUGGGGAGCUGGUGGCGCUGCCCGUGACUGCUGGUUCGGUGACGCUGACCCCGGAGGGCCAGAAUGUGAUCCUGCAGACGACCCAGGGGCUGCGGCUUCUUUUCGAUGGAGAUGCCCACGUGCUGCUCUCCGUGCCCAGUCCUUACCAUGAUCACCUCUGCGGGCUCUGUGGGGACUUCAAUGGCAAUUGGAAUGAUGACUUCCUCCUGCCAGAGGGCACCGUGACCUCAGAUGUAGACACCUUUGGGGCAGCCUGGCGUGUGCCAGACUGCUUCGGGGACCUGACCUGUGGGGAGGGGGCAGAGGCAGGUUGCUGCCCUGUGUGUUUCGCGGAGGAGACAGCUCCUUACGAGAGCCUUGAGGUGUGUGGGCGGCUCAAAGACCCUGAGGGCCCCUUUGCCGCCUGUCAUGCAGUGCUCAGCCCCUCAGAAUAUUUCCGCCAGUGUGUGUAUGACAUGUGUGCCAGCCAAGGUAACACCAGCUCCUUGUGCCGCAGCCUGGGCACCUACACCGCAGACUGCCAGGCCGCUGGGGUCGCUCUGCAGCCUUGGAGGAGCGUUAGCUUCUGUCCACUCUGCUGCCCGCCCCACAGUCACUACUCGAUCUGCAUUUAUGGGUGUGAGGCCUCCUGCUCUGUGCUCUCUGGCCUAGGGGGCUGCACCACCCGCUGCUUUGAGGGCUGUGCUUGUGACCAAGGGUUCCUGCUGUCCCAGGGGGUCUGCGUGCCUUUGAAGGACUGCGGCUGUGUUCACCAGGGCAGCUACCUCCCGGGUAACUCAUCCUUGGUGUCUGAGGAUUGCUCUCAACAGUGCACGUGUGCGCCAGGAGGUACGCUGAGCUGCCAGGCCAUGAGCUGCCCCUCGGGGAGCGUGUGCCAAGUUCAGGAAGGAUCUAGAGGCUGCAAAAGCCCCGCUGGCAUCAGCAAUCAUAAGACAUCAUCAGACUCCUAA